GAGAGAGAGGGGAGGCUGCCUGAAUGAUCUCAUCCUUCCAGCAGCUGCAUAGCGCAGCGAGGCAAACCCGUAACUUUCUAUCAAACUUCAAAGUUGCCUUUCUGAGGACGACACCGGGCAUUUUCGGUUUAAACCGGAGCAAACACGUUUCCCGAGAAGGAUUCUUUGUUUGGAGUAAGAUUAAUGCCAAGUGGCAGUGGCGACACAGUUGAGGAAGCAGUAUGCAGGCUUGAUUGCCGAAGAGGUGGGCUUGCCCCUUCACUUUUUCUGCCUCUUCACUUGUUGAUCCAGACGACCACACUGCUCAUGAAGUCAGGGAGCAGCAUCACAUCCCAAAGGCAACCAUGUCUCCCUACUAAGUGCCUUUAGCCUUUUGCACUGGUGUCAUGACCAGCCUGAAGCAACCACCCAUGGAGCGCACCGUUGGGGGUUCCAUCCCCGCCACUGAUGAGUUUUACACCCGCCACCUCCGUAUGGUCAAUGGAGGGGCUGUGCCAACCCGCACAGACAAUGUCCAUGCCACUGUGAGUACAGGAGUGCCUAAAAUGGGUGUCCGGGCUCGGGUGGCUGACUGGCCCCCAAGGAAAGACAUUGCAGGGGUUAUGUGGCACUCAGCUACAGAGCCUGAGAACUCUGGUGUGCCCUCUGCUGGAAAAAGUCACAUUAAAUUAGGCUCUGUAAUGAGCCCUCAAGACUCGUCAAUGCUGCGUAACAUUCACAAUACUUUGAAGAAUCGAACCCAGGCCCAGGCCAACAACUACAGCCCUGACACUCGAUACCUAGCCCCAGGUGACUAUAGAGGCCCUGCACAUAGAAACCCACGACAAAGACGCAUCCGUCAGCGGAGCAACAGUGACAUGACUAUCAGUGAGAUGGAAGGCAGUGGAGACAGUGGAGAGGACUGGGGUCCAGCAUUGGGAGCCAAAUGGUCCCCUCUUCAUCGCGAAUACGGUAGCACCUCCUCAAUAGAUCAGCAUGGUGCAUCUGGAGAGAGCUUCUUUGAAAUGCUUAGGGGCUAUCAAGGGGACAAAGUUGACCAGCGUAGCCCUGCUCCAGAGAAACUGGAGGACAUGCUGAAUGUUGGGCCCAAGCAGGCCAGCCUUGAUCUUCAGGAGGAUGUCGUAGACAGCCAGCCUCCUAAAGCCAGAGAUAAGCCCCCAAAGAGACGAACUAAAUCUGAGACAGGGGGUGAGUCUAUAUUCCGCAAACUUCGGAACGUGCGGGGUGAGUCGGACUCCCCCAGAACGGGGUCUGACGUAGAGGACAGCCGGACAGAGGACACGGGCCCCCCUUUCAAGCCCUGGGUGUGUCAGAAAGGCUUUGCCCACUACGAUGUUCAAAGCAUGCUGUUUGACCUCAACGAAGUUACUCAGUUGCGGCAGAUUGCCGGCAAGAGGAAAAACACCACCACAGGGGCAUCUGCUGCUGCUGUAGCCUCGGCUACCUCCACCCUCUCGUCCACACACAGCCUGCCUUACAGCUCCCCGAGUGGCAGCCAGGAAGAGCUCAGUUCUAGGGACAGUCCUGGUCUGGAGGCAGGGGAUGAACAGAGCAAUGAAAUGCUGCUAAGUUGCCCCUGCUUCCGCAACGAGAUAGGUGCUGAUGGCAAUGGGAGGCGCAGACUGGGAGUAGGGGGGGCAGGGUAUCAUGGGCUUGUGGGUGGUGGAGCAGGUAAUAGUGGCUCAGGUACCCUGAGUGGGGAAGGAAACUUGUACGAAACAUCUGUGAGCACGCACUGCACAAAUGCUGGGGUAGCAGUGCUUGAGGGACCAAAGGAAGGCCCCAGCACGCUCAGCGGAAAAGGCAAACAAUACAUUGUGGAGCAUGUGGACCUGGGAGCCUACUACUAUAGGAAGUUCUUCUACCUUAGGGAGCACUGGAACUAUUUUGGGAUGGACGAGUCGCUGGGUCCAGUGGCAGUGAGCCUGCGCAGGGAGAAGCUGGAGGAGGACAAGGAGCACGGCCAGCAGUAUAACUACCGUCUCAUCUUCAGAACCAGUGAGCUGACCACUCUUCGAGGUUCUAUCCUGGAGGAUGCAGUGCCUUCCACCUCUAAGCAUGGCACCACCCGGGGGCUGCCUAUCAAGGAGGUACUGGAGUACCUUCUCCCUGAGCUGGAUAUGUCCUGCCUCAGACUGGCCCUCAACACACCCAAAGUCACUGAGCAGCUGAUGAAACUGGAUGAACAAGGGCUGAGUUUUCAAGUGAAGGUGGGGGUGAUGUACUGCCGAGCGGGCCAGAGCACCGAGGAGGAGAUGUACAACAACGAGAUAGCCGGUCCUGCCCUGGAAGAGUUCCUCCAACUGUUGGGGGAGAAGGUUUGCCUCAAGGGCUUCACCAAGUACAGAGCCCAGCUGGACACUAAAACGGAUUCCACAGGUACUCACUCCCUGUACACGACUUACAAGGACUACGAGAUCAUGUUUCAUGUGUCGACUCUGCUGCCUUACACACCCAACAACAAACAACAGUUACUGAGGAAACGCCACAUAGGGAACGACAUUGUGACCAUCGUGUUCCAGGAGCCUGGUGCUCACCCCUUCACCCCGAAGGCCGUUCGCUCUCACUUUCAACAUGUCUUCAUCGUUGUACGGGUGCACGAUCCCUGCUCUGACAACACAUGCUACAGUGUGGCUGUCACCCGUUCCCAGGACGUUCCCUCCUUUGGCCCACCAAUCCCCAAGGGUGUGACCUUCCCCAAGUCCACUGUCUUCAGGGACUUUCUGUUGGGCAAAGUCAUCAACGCUGAGAACGCAGCCCACAAGUCAGAUAAGUUUGGUGCCAUGGCAACACGCACACGGCAGGAAUAUCUUCGAGACUUGGCAGAGCGUCACGUGACCAGUACUCCUGUAGAACCCACUGGGAAGUUCCCCUUUAUCUCUCUGGCACACAAACGACGGGAGAAGGUGCGUCCAUACAGUGGGGCGGAGCUGCGGAGCCUAGGGGCCGUGACCUGGCAGGUUCAUGCUGAAGAUCAGGUAGCUGGUGCUGAACGCGAAUGCCUGUUGGCCAUUUCAAAUGACUUCAUCAUCCUAUUGGAUCAGGAGGCCAAAGCGGUGGUGUUUAACUGCGCUACACGUGAUGUGAUUGGUUGGUCAACUGGGAGUCCCGCCUCCAUGAAGAUCUACUAUGAGCGUGGAGAGAGUGUAUCUCUGCGCUCCAUCAAUAACAACACGGAAGACUUUGGAGAGGUUGUCAAGAGACUGGAGCUGUUGACCAAGGGCAGUCAGACCACAGAGAUGACAUUGCGCCGUAACGCCUUGGGCCAGCUGGGCUUUCAUGUCAACUUUGAGGGCAUUGUUGCUGAGGUGGAGCCCUAUGGCUAUGCUUGGCAGGCUGGGCUCAGGCAGGGCAGCCGAUUGGUGGAGAUUUGCAAGGUGUCGGUGGCUUCGCUGUCUCACGAGCAGAUGAUCGACCUGCUCAGAACCUCUGUUACUGUCAAGGUGGUCAUCAUCCCUCCACAUGAGGACUCCACGCCACGCAGAGGCUGCUCAGAAAUCUACCACAUGCCACUAGUGGAUUACAAGAACCACAAGGAGGGCAUGCCCUAUGAGUUAAAGUUCCCUUUCCGCCCUACCAACAACAACAACACCAAGUGGCCACGCACCUCAUCCAGCCCUCAAACACGCGCUGCUGGCACAGGGGGAACGCUGAUCAAGGCCCCGCCUUCAGACUUCAGUGACCGUAACUCUGCUGUUAUUCCCCGAAGUGUGUCCAGCGACGGCCGACCCCUCAACCCCAAAAGAUAUUCCCCAGGGAACGACAACUACGCUCUCGCCUGCUCUAUUGUGAUGGGUCGCACGCUGCACAACACAAACUCCCCUUCCAGCCUCCCCUACACAGACGCCAUGAGCUCCAACCAGUGGAGGCAGAAAUCUAUGCCUGAUGGGUUUAAUAACAACAACUGCCGGUCCCCUGUGUCAUCUGUGCGGCACGUGGCAGGUGAGGGGGUCAAUGGGAUGAAAACGUGCUCUAGCACUGGUGUCGUAUGGACCCGAACUGGGGAGGGGGACAAAACUAGUGCAGACCCUGUGGUUUCCAAGGCAGUAAUUCCUCGACUCCAACCGUCAGAGCAGGGCAGCCAAAUGUCUCCUAACAAAAUCACUAAGCCGGAUGCUCCGUAUUCAUCCAGCCAGUCUAGCAGCAACACACUCUCGAGCAAUGCCUCCAGCUCCGCCCACAGCGAUGAGAAGUGGUACGAAGUCGGCUCAAGUUCUGGAGUGCGGAGCGAUCUGGAGCUCAACGGCUAUCUUCAGGGCACCUCCACUGACAGCGGCAUCGAUGCCACCUCCUUCACUGCCACACAAAGCAGCACAGCUUCCUCCACUGGUGCCUUCAGGGCCAAAGACAAAAUCCCAUGGCAGGAUGACCCAGCAGACAGCCAGAGGGCCUCGGAAUCUUCACCUCCGACACCAGACUCUCUCGUUGCCACUGGAGGCAGUGAGAUUCCAGCAAAGAGUCCAUCAGCAUUUCCCCUCGUUCCUGAUAGUGGCUCCUACAGCCUCAGUGAUGCCGCCUCCCACUCCAGCACACUCAGUUCUGGCCUCUCAGGGAGUCCGAUGGAUCAGGGGCAAGACGAGGCAGCGGCUGCGGCCACCUCACCCACAUCACCAGGGACCAAGAGUUUCUACCCUCGUCAAGGAGCAACCUCGAAGUACUUGAUUGGCUGGAGGAAACCUGGGGGAACCGUCAACUCUGUGGACUUUGGAAGCACUCGCAAACGGCACCAGAGUGAUGGUCUGCUGGGUGGUCAGCCGCAGCUCAGGGCCAAUCUCCGGGGCUCCCAGUCGCCCCAGCGGCACACUGCCAAGUCCAGCUUGGAAGAGGACUUGAAGAAGCUCAUCACACUUGACAGCCCUCCACCCACUACAAGUGAAGAGAAGCCAAUGUUUCCGGGUCCGCUAGCGACUCGUCGCUCCCUCCAGAGAACUCUGUCAGAUGAGAGUAUUUACAGCGGGCAGAGAGAGCCAUCUUCUAGUGGACAGCGUGACACGCCUACUGACCUUCUGUUCAGCUGCUCCACCAUGCCACGCUCGCCCACCAAUCGCCACGGACCAAGCCAGCGAGCAUCACACAAAUUUUUAAUCCCAUUAAAAGGGAAACCAGCAAGUCUGUUGUUGAACCUCAAACCUAAGAUCACAUUGCUCACACGUCUUUGUCGCCACCAGGAGAAGGAUGCCAAGGCAUCACUGCAGGCUCAGAUCCAGAGCCUGCGAGAGGACAACCAGCGUCUCCUGGAGGAGUCCUACAGCGCCUCAGCCAAGCUCAAGAAGUUCACAGAGUGGGUCUUUAACACCAUCGACAUGAACUGAUGCACAUAGAUGUAGUCUGCUCUACAUUAGGAGUUUGACCAUUACUCAAGCCAAUCUGAAACUUGGUUGUUCAGUGCUGCACACACAACAAACUCACCACAUGAACUGUUUCUCUCUGGCUUUUACAAACCAGUGCCAACAUGAAUUUACAUGUCAUCUGUCUUUAGCCUUGCGGAUCUGUGGUAUAAUCACCAUGAAAGAUUUUUGGGAAAGAACAGGGGAAUAAAAGAACUGUGUGUCAGUUUUAAACAGCAUGCACUCCCUUCCUUAGAAUUUCACAAAUAUGAUGCUUUGUGUCCGAUCUAAUAGAUUGUUGGUAUCCUUGCAUGUCAGAGACAGCAAGAUGUUGAAACUAACCUAAAGGGAUUUAAAGUUACUGUCCCUAUUUAGCUCCCCAGCUAACCUAAUUACAAGUGAACAGAUUUCCAAUUAAAAAGCUCCAACACAAUUUUAAAUGUGUUCCUGCAAGAGUUUGUGCCACAUUACUCUGCUAGAGGUUUACACUUUCUAAGAAUUAAGCGUGUUGUAAAUUACUUGCUGUUCAAUUUUACCAAUUCAGUGAUAUGACUGAUUAUUUUUUUAUUACUAACCAAAAGAAAAGAACUAUAUGAGAUGAUUGGGAGAUGUCGGCCCUCAUAACUAUGCUUUUUCGGUAGCAGUGUGGGUAGGUAGACACAGACAGACAGACCCUCUGCAUAGCACAUAUCUGUCAACACUGUAAGGUCAAGUCUGUAAUGCCUGUGUAAUUAUAUCAAAUGUUUAACUUCUAGAGGGUUAAAAGCAAGUACAAGUUGUACAGGACUACUGGUCAGCUGAUGAAAAGAAUAUAUUGUAAAAUCACACAACAAUAUGGGUUCCAUAAAGAGAGAGAGUGACAGUUCAGUGUCACUCAUUCAGAUUAUUGUAAAUAUAUUUGACGUUAACAUUUAUUUUCUCACCUCUGCCCUUGAUAUGUGUGAAGAGUAUUUAUGACAAAGAUGAUGGCCAAGAAAAGAAAAACAGCCAUAUACGGUUAGAGAUCUGCAUGUACUUAUGAUGGCCAGUCUCCUAUAAUAUAUACAAUAUAUAUACUUUAACUCCAAACUGAGUUUAACAGAAAAAGCUAACUUUUGAUCCAAAAUACUAAUUCUUAUAUUUUUUGAAAGUCCUUAUGCAAUGGAUUGAUUGACAGUGCCAACUAGUGUUGACAACAUACCCUCCGUUCUUAGCAUGCUAAAAGGCCUCAAUCUGAUCCUCAAUUCUCUCAAUAGAUUAAAUCGGUACUGCUCAAUAUGAUUACAUUGUAAGAUAUUGUGCAAAUCCUGAAAUUCCAGCUACAGAGUUCUCUGUAGUGUGUAAAUCCUGCUUGUAAGCCCGACCUCAAUUUGGUCUGUAGUAGACCACACAAAGACUUUAUUUAAGCCUUAUAACUGUUUCCUUUUGUAUUCAGAUACUGUGCAACUGUAUAUAAGGAGAAUUUGAUAUGCAUCAGAAUUUGCACCUUCAUUCUUUUUUUUUAAUUGAUUCUUUUGUAUUUCUGCUUUACUGGCUAGGAUAUAGUGGAGAGUGAGAGGAACAAUAUGGAAGAUAAACAGGGGAGGCAUAAGACAGGACAAAGACCAUGAGCUGGACUCAGAUGAAUGAGUCCCAGGCCCCUAGCACAGCAGAACGCCCCUGCACCUUCAUUCUUAACAUGUGUGACAGCAUGUGAUUCUGUUUCCAUUGAGCUGUGAUGUGUAAAAAUGUUUAUAUCUAUUAAAAAUAUUUUGUUGAAUUACA